AGCCUCCUCUGGUCCAUCUGCUGGGUAGGGCCUGAGAACCCCGCUUUACCAUACGCCAUGCAAAGCAUUACAUACGUUCAUUGCUACCCAGUAUAGAGUGUCGCAAGUUCUUGUUGCACUCACUUAAACCAUCCUGUCAUAACAGCGGCUAGGUCGGCCAUUCCAAUUCUUGUAAUAAACGUACGCUACUUCAACAAUACAGAGUAUGAGGAAAUACAUCUAGGGCUCUGUUCUAAUCUAUUUUGGGGUUAGAUUCCUUUUGAAAUGGUUACUGCACAUUUAAUGAAUAACAUACAUUAACAGUUUUCAUUCAAUAAUCUGGUUUCUUUUUAUAAGGCCACGUGUGCUGAUAACGUUGUCCAUAACACAAACGCUAUUCAGACUGGAAAUAAUUUUCCAUAGGACCCAGGGAAUUAUUCCUGGCCAAAUUCUAAUUUCUGUCUUGCAAAACUUCUGCAUUUUCAGGCUUUGUCUGUUCUAGGAAAUGUUAGCAAAAAAUUCCCAGGUCUAGCUGUACAGAAAUUUGAUUUCUCUGCAUUGGUUGGGGAUUGAACCCUGGCCUCAGGGUAGGAGCUACUAAUGCUCUAAUACUCAUAACAACUGGAGAAACACAGGGACCAUCUGACUCUGCAAUUAUCCCCAUGUCCAAGAUCCUUUUGAUCUCCUUAGGAGUUUGCUCCUACACUUUCCCAGUCGAGCGAUGGGCUGAGUGCAGGUUGCGAUCCCGCAGGAUCCAGCUUUGGACCAUUUCAUGAGGCAAAUCCUGGCCUGCUGGAAAAUACCUGCCGGUCCCUUCCCAGCACCGCCAGAACAUCUGCUUGUCAGUGAGGGUUAACUCUUCACAUCCCUCCGUGCUCCAUGGGGAAGUGUCACCGUGGCAUUCAGCUCCCAAGGCAAGGGGCUGUGAGAAUCCUGCCCUGCACAGCACGUCACGGUUACAAAGGCUUCUUGGCUGUGAUAUGUUCUGAACCUAUUUCUAUCACAGUCUGAGGUGCAGCCCUGGUGCAGGGCCUUUGUACGCUGAGGUAAGGUCAUGAACCCUUCCUCCCACCUCCACGGGCCCUUCCCUGCGUUCUGCAUUGUGAACUCUAGGGACUCACCCCCGUCAAAUCCCCACUCCCAAGGGUUGGGAUCAGACCGUGCUUUUGGAGCUGCUUGGCUUUUGGGGAGGUUUUGCUUCACUAUCCCCACCACAGGUUGUGAAUCCUCCCAGCCCUUUGCACAUAUUCAGCCACCAGCUUCCCCUCUGCCUCAGAGCCACGCUCCCAGGAGUUUCUGUGAUCAAGAGGACCUCUGAUGUCUCUCCUAUACAGCAGAUGAAAUGGGGAAAAACUUGUGGACUCUUGGGGUACCUCUGUGAUGGGUUCUCCCUGGGGUGCAACCUGGAACUGGGGUACCGCUGAGCCCUCUGGCUUACCAACCCGAGCGCCCUCUCACACUGUGAUGCUGUGAGAAGCUGCAAACCCCUCCAGAUCCUGCCCUCACACAGCCAGCUGAGUUACAUGAAUGCUUCUCCUAGCCACUCACGAACUAACAAGAGAGAGGCUCCAGCCAAUUCCUCCAGCUCCCCAGCGUUGCACCCCAGAGCUGUCCCGUCUUGCCCUGGUGAGAAGCCUGACCAGUGAAAGCUUAUUACCUAGUCUGCCCCUGCCUCAGUGUGAGAGGACGUGCACCAGCUUUUGUACACGGAGCAGAUUUCCCAAGCACCUCAACCAACACACCCUCUUUAAGGUAAAAUAUGAAACAGUUUAAGUGAUGACGAGUGAUAAGCGCCCAGAUCAAAGUUGGUUACCUAAUAAAUAAAAGUAAGAUUGCAAUCUGCGUUUUCGAAACGAGCCAGGAUUUAAAUCAAGCACUGGCUCACCCGGUUCGAUAAUACAAGCAGGUCACAGCUCUUCCAUACACAGUCUGGACGUCUCUUCAGCCUGGGCCCACCUCCCCAGUUCAGGCUUUGUCCUCCAGACGUGUUUCCAGGGGUUGAGUCGUGGGGAAAGAGGCCAAAUGAUGAUGUCACUUUCCACCAAGCUGGAAGAAAGUAUAAAAGAGGGGAAGACCUUUUGCUGUAAUUAGGCCCUACCACAGGCCUGCACAACAUGCGGCCCGCGGGGGCUCACUGUGCAGCCCGCAAGCAAGUGGCGGGGGGAGCUGCCGGCUUCACCCCCUGCCCGGGGGCUGAGCCAACCUCACAGCCCCGCCUGCGCGUAUCGCGCUCCGGCCGCUGAGAAGCGCGGCUGCCAGGUUUGCCCCCUGCCGGGGGGAGGAGAGGGGGCCGACCUCACAGCCCCGCACUGCGCACCACGCUCCAACCAGCUGGCUGGCGAGAAGCGCAGCUGCCGGGGGAGGGGGAGAGGGAGACGGAGGCCGACCUCACAGUCCCGCGCGUGCUCGCAGCGGUCUAGCCGGCCGGUCAGAAGCGCGGCUGUCAGGUUCGCCCCCUGCCGGGGGGUUAGGGGGGAAGAGCAGCAACCUCACAGCCCUGGCCGGUGAGAAGCGCGGCUGCCGGCUUUGUCCCCUGCCUGGGGGGGGGGGGCAAUCUCACAGCCCCGCAUGCGCGUGCCGCCCUCCGACCGCCCGGACGGUCAGAAGCGCGGCUGCUGGGGGCCCCCGCGCACUGUGCUCCAACCGCCUGAAUGGCCAGAAGCGCACACACGCGUGCACGUGUCUCCAUCUCCCGCUCCCCCCGCCUGGCGUACAGCGGGUGCGUCAUUUCCGGGGCCUGCUGAGGCGGGAAGCACUGGGCACGCGGCAGAGCCAGCUUCCACACAGUCAGUGCCUUGCUAGUGUGCCACGCGCUGUGAGAUAUCUCUUCUCUUUGUGUGUGACUGAGCAUUUCCCUUGUGUGUGAAUUUAUUCAACAAAAUCUUGAGCUUCAUAAUGGCUACCAUGAGUGAAAAGAAAAAGAGAAAAAUAGAAUCAGAGCACAGAGUUUUCAACACUGAAUGGACAAAUAAAUACUUAUGUACUGUUUCCAAAGACAAAAUACUGUGCCUUGUGUGUCGCGAAACGUUAACCGUUCCGAAAGAAUACAUCCUUCGGCGGCACUUUGAAACUAAACAUCCCAAUCUUGCCAAAUUGAACCCAAAUGAAAAAAUAAUUAAAGCAGCCAGUUUAGUGAAAAACCUUAGUGGCAAAUUUUCAAGAAAGUGAGCACUGAGAACGAUAUAGUUACUAAAGUAAGCUUUCAAAUUUCUAAGGAAAUUGCUGCUGCUGGGAAAUGCUUCACAGAAGGCGAGUUUUUAAAAAAGUGUAGGUUGAUUGCUGUAUCUGAGUUAUGUCCAGAAAAGAGGGGAAUAUUUGAGAAUGUCAGUCUAUCACGCAUGACUAUACAGAGAAGAAUAGCUGACAUUUCUACUAAUCUAAGUGAUCAGUUAAAGCAGAGAGUCAGUGAAUUCUGCUUUUACUCCCUAGCUAUCCCACCGAUUUAAAAGACACCGCCCAACUUUGAAAUUACUGAAGAACUUGUUGGCAUGUGCUCCAUGACGGGUUGCACAACUGGAAAGGAAAUCUCCAGUGAAGUGAUAAAGUGCAUGAAUGAUAAGUUGGGAGUAGAUUUCACAAACUUGGUGGCCAUUUGUACUGAUGGUGCUCCAGCUAUGUGUGGAAAAAAUGUUGGAGCAGUUACUCUUCUUGAAGAAUUUAUCGGGAGACAAAUAACCAAACAUCACUGCAUUAUACAUCAACAGGUUUUGUGUAGCAAAGUCUUAAAAUUUGAGCAUGUAAUGUCAGUGGUAGUUUCCAUUGUAAACCUCAUCCGUUCUAGAGGACUAAAACAUAGGACAUUUCGAGCCUUUCUUGAAGGGGAAGAUGCCGAGUGCAGCGACUUAAUCUACCAUACAGAAGUGAGGUGGUUGAGUCAAGGAAGAGUGCUCCAGCAUUUCGUUGCUUUGAAAGAGGAGAUAGCAAAAUUCCUAGAAAAUGGGCCAAUAAAAUUCCCGGAGCUUGAAAAUGAGUCCUGGAAUCAAGAUCUCUUUUUCUUUUGUGACAUUACAGCACACCUGAAUGAUCUCAACAUUCAACUUCAGGGAAAAAAUCAACUUAUAUUUCAAAUGUGUGCAGCAGUGAAAGCUUUCAAAAUUAAAUUGAAACUUUUCAGAAGUCCGCUGUCAAAAGGUGAAAUGUGUCACUUUCCCACUUGUGCACAGCGUAUCCCUCAGCACAAACACGCCGAGUUAGGAGAAAAAUACGCAAAGCACAUCAUUCUUUUGAUUGAAGAAUUUGACAGAAGACUUACUUUGUCUAAAGAUGAUGACAUCCAGUUGAAGCUGAUUGAAGAUCCCUUUUCUGUGGAUCCAGAGGAAGUGCCACAAGAUUUGCAGUUGGAGGUUAUUGAACUUCAAUGUUCGGCAGUUUACCGAAAUAAGCACAGAGAGAGCAGCUUGUGGGACUUCUACAAAAGUCUGGACGAUGAAAAAUACAAGAAUCUUAUUGAAGUUGCACUGAAAACGUUCAGCAUUUUUGGAAGCACUUACAUAUGUGAACAAACAUUUUCCAUCAUGAACAUAAAUAAAAACAAGCCACGUUCUUCUCUGCCUGACGACCAUUUGGAAGACAUUAUGAAAAUAUCCACUUCAAAUAUGACCCCCGAAUACGACAAGCUUGUUGCCGAAAAGAGAUGUAAUAUCUCUCAUUAAAUUUGCAAGAUAAUUAUGAAAAGUACAAAUGUUUUCUUUCAAUGGAACAGGUGUUUUUCAUUUUUCCAUGAUUCAUAAAAAAAAUUAAAAUAAUUAAAAAAAU